CUUAAACUAAACUUGUGCUUUCUCCAUUUUAUCUUUGAAGAAAAAGAAGAGAGAUAUGUUUUACCUUAGAUUUCCAUAAAAGUUUUGAAGCUUUCUUGUUCAAAACAAUCCAUGGAAACUGCCUCAGUGCUACUGCACUCAAGAACAAUUCCAUUCAGCUUCAAUUCGAAAGGCAACCGAAUGGUUUCUGGCAGGCAUUUCAACAAACAUUGUCAAAGCAAUGGUUUUUUUUCUCACCAGAGCCUCAAACCCAUCCAAAACCCUUCAAGUUUCAAUCUUGCAUCAUACCCAUCACCAUCACCACUUCGGAAAACAAGAACCCAUUUUUUGGUUCCUCUCAGAUGCACAUUUUCCAACACCACUAGCUCAGAUUCUCAAAACCCUUUGUUAAAACCCUUCAGAAACCUCUCCUUUGAUUCUCUCAAAACAAGUCUUUCUCAGUUGACCCCUAUAAAGAUUAUCAAAUGGGCUGGUAUAGUUUCCAUAGCAAUUGCAGCUACUAAAUGGACUGUGAAUUUGGUCUUCAACCCUUUCUUUUGGAUGUAUUUUAGCUGGAGUUGGGUUUUCUGGCCAUGGUUUGUAGCUGUGGCCCUUGCUUUUUAUGGUUUAUAUUGUUUUCGAAAGCAUUCAAUUGGCGAAGCAAGCAUUAUAGAGCAACUCGCUAUUGUUACUUCAGUGUUCACUUGGCUAACUCUAGUACCCCCUGCAUGUUUCAAUGGCUAUCUCGAAGGUUGGCCCUUUGUCUUCUUCUUUGUAUACCAUUAUUUCUUUUUCUUCAAUGUUAGUGUAAGAAAAAGAUUGUAUGGAGAUUAUUAUGCUCGUCCACAUGAUCCUAAGUGGGAUGUGAACCCGCCCAAAUGGUAUCGCCUUGUGUUCUGUGUUGGAGUCAUGGUUGGGCACUGGCUUGCUGCAUUUGAAGGGCCAGAACUGCAUCGAAUUCCAGGUGGUUGGAGCAAUGUUGUAGUUUGGAUAUUGGUUGUGGCAACUUUAUUGAUGCAAUAUAAUUCAACAUUGUAUCUUGCAAAGUAUUCAGAGAAGGUAGUGGUACCAACUGCUGUCGUUCAAUUUGGGCCAUACAGAUGGGUUCGGCAUCCAAUAUAUGCAUCUACAAUGCUUUUGUUCGCAACUUAUUGUGUUGCACUUAGAGCACCUCUGAGCUCACUAUUUGUUGUAGCAGUUUGUUUAAUGUAUUAUGAGAAGAAAGCAAAAUUGGAGGAGGUUUUAAUGGUUGAGACUUUUGGAGAGAGUUAUUCUGAGUAUGCCAGUAAAGUUAGGUACAAGUUCAUACCAUUUGUGUUCUAGCCACAAACAGAGUAAGAUGUGGUUGCCUUUUGUCAAACAGAAUCUACUAAAGGCACAGCAUUGCAGUGUGAACCAACUUCGUUAGAUCCCCCUCUAUGUUAGUGACUGGUGACCAACCUUCCAAUGAUUGGUGAGGUCUACAGACUGACACGGUGGGACUGAAUUUCCAGACAGAGAUAAAGCUCAGGGCAUGUGGAAGCCACCUAAUACGAGCAUGCUGGCCAACACAUCAAGAUGCAGAACACAUCAGCUUAUCCCUGUUUUGCACCACAUAUUUGCAAAGAUACAUUGGCAAAAACAAGCUCGGUUGCAAUAAUUUCUACUUUAAAGAUAUUCAGAGGUUCUUUCUUCUGCAAACAAUCAAGCCAACUCACUUUCUUUUGUGUCCUUUCAUGUUUUUUGCAUUUCAUCCACUUGAAGACAGCGGUAAUUGGUCUUCUUUUGGCUUCUUAUCUCUGUCAAAUUUUCUAGGUAGGGAUUCCCAGGUUCUCCUUCUUCUUGCUUGUUUUGUCUUUAAUAUCUUUUGAGAGUUCCUAAACAGCAGGCUGGCAUGACUGAUUCUUCCCAUAUUUUACAUGUGAUGCUUAAAAGUUAAUUUUUUUGUUAUCUGUAACAUCUUUGUAACUAAAGUAAUAUGUCACCAUGCAUUACCCAUUUUUUGAAAUCGAGAGGGGCUUCCUGGAUGUCAUCAAGAUUGUACUUGUCAUUUUAUGUUGUCAAUUUCAAAAUCUUAAAUACAUGCUUUAAAUACAUCCUUAGAGUGUACAGUUUGAUUUCUUCUUGCUUUUUCUGUUGUAGCAUCUUGUAAAAUGUUUUUGUUGCAGUUCGCUUUCAUUUGGAUCUUAAAAUUCAUUCUCAUGCAUUUUCCACAUUCUGAUUUAAGUGUAAGAGCAAAUUCUAUGGGGAUUGAGAUAUUGAUGUGAUUUUUAAACGUUCCUAUAUAUAGAUGUCAUUUUAGGAUACACAGGUUGACCACCAUUCCAGUUAUUGUAGGAAGAAGGGUUUGUUCCAUAUUCCUAGCCAUAUGCAUAUGCGAAGUUCCACAUGAUGAGUAACAUUUGCCAAAAGUAGGGAAGGGCUCGAAUGAUGAACAUUUUCGAGGGCACCCCUUUGCAUUUGUCUUUUAUUUCAAAGCUUUUAGAGGUAGUUCAAAUUUCAAAAUGUUGUUUGAGCCGAAUACUCUGCUUAUAUAGUAGCCAAAUCCACAGAUGGAUUAGUGUCAGUUCCAUGUGUGGGGCUUGAAAUGUGUUCCAAUCUGCAAUUGUUGCUUUAUGUGAAUUUCCGUUGUUUGAAGGACCUGUCCUCCAGUUGGGCUCAGCUAGUGAGCUGUCAGAUCAGCUCAUAUCUGUUGCAAUUGGCCUGAUGGUGAUGGACACCAAUCCUGGUCCUCUUAAGUACUUUAAGAAUCCUAACCUAGGUGGGGACCAGCUACAAAUACUUUUUCAU